CUGGAGGAUCAGCUUCGUCGUCAGUUUCGGUAACAGCCACACGACAAGGACAACGUUAAUGUACGUUGCUUUACGUUUUUUAAGCAGCUCUAAAGCGGCAUAAGUCGCUUUAUAUAACACAUAGAAAUACGGAGAUUAUCAAGCCUAACGGAGGAGUUUUAUCAUUUGUCCUCCGACAAGGAAAAGAAAGGAAAUAAGGGAUCUUGUCGCUGCCUCUGCCCUUCCUGCCAGGCUCUUUUGUUUUUCACUGCUGCGCUCGAGUAGGCGACCAGUAGCGCCCCCUCGCGAGCCACCAGAAAAGAGCUCGAGGAUAGGGAGCCAAACGAGCGGCCGAGCCUCUUGCCACCCGACCGACGUGGGUCCCCCCAGCUCAUUUGUCCGAUGCGGAGUGAGGAUGAGUCCCGCUCUGGAAGCCCUCAUGCAGGCGGACGGGACUCCUUAUCCCGGAAAAGGGGUAAUGCUUGAACCCUUCGUGCACCAGGUGGGAGGCCACUCCUGUGUGCUACGAUUUGGGGAACAAACUAUCUGCAAGCCCCUCAUCCCCCGGGAGCACCAGUUCUACAAGAGCCUCCCUCCAGAGAUGAGGAAGUUCACCCCUCAGUAUAAAGGUGUUGUAUCAGUCAGUUUUGAGGAGGAUGAGGAAGGGAACCUGUGCCUCAUCGCCUACCCCCUCCACAGCGAAUCAGGGGACCUGGAAAACAAAGAUCCCUCAGCAGACUGCGAGCCCAAGAGCAAGAUGCUGAAGUGGAGCAACAAGAAGCAGUCCCCUUUGCUCUUGGAAAAUGACAACUACAGCAAAGAGAGAGCACGACACAGCCGAAAAGAAGACAAGAUCAUGAGUUAUAAUCGUGAUGAGAUUCAGCAGCAGCAGCAGCAGCAGCAGGCAGAGGUUCUGUAUUUCAGCCUGGAGAAGGGCAACGUGGUGCCACAGAUCAAACACAACCCCUGGAGUCUCAAAUGUCACCAGCAACACCUACAGAGGAUGAAGGAGAAUGCGAAACACCGUAACCAAUACAAAUUUAUUCUUUUGGAGAAUCUGACAUGGCGCUACACAGUACCAUGUGUCUUAGACUUGAAGAUGGGAACUCGCCAACAUGGGGAUGAUGCAUCAGAAGAGAAGAAAGCCAAUCAGAUUCGCAAGUGUCAACAGAGCACAUCUGCCUCUAUCGGAGUGCGACUUUGUGGCAUGCAGGUUUACCAGUCGGACUCAGGCCAGCUGAUGUUCAUGAAUAAGUACCACGGGCGUAAACUGACACUAGCAGGCUUCAAAGAGGCCCUCUACCAGUUCUUCCAUGAUGGGCAUCGCCUGCGUCGAGAGCUUCUCUCCCCGGUGCUGCGCAGACUCCGAGAAAUGCAAGCUGCAUUGGAGGCCUGCGAGUCUUACCGCUUCUACUCCAGCUCCCUGCUCAUCAUCUACGACGGAGACCCUCCUAGGACUCCAAGUAGGCCAAGACACCGUGGUGGGGAAGAAGGUGAUGAGGAUGAGCCAUCCGAUGAAGAAGAAGAAGAGGAGGAGGAAGACGACGAGGAGGAGGAAGAAGAGGAAGGGGCCUUUGGUUUUCCUCGUUCUUCCUCAGCAGGUGGCAGCGCUAGUGUGGCGGGAGGGAGCAGCAACAGUGGCAGCAGUCGCUCCUCCCACGGCACAGGAGAGGCCAGCAGCCCCGCGGUGGAUGUCCGCAUGAUUGACUUUGCUCACACAACAUGUCGGCACUAUGGAGAGGACAGUGUGGUGCACGAAGGCCAGGACAGUGGUUUCAUCUUCGGCCUCCAGAACCUCAUCACCAUCAUCUCCCAGCUGGAGGAUCACAGUACUGACUGAGGCUGCACUGGAACCAACGUGGUCUAAAUUUUAAGCACGGGAGAGAGCUCACUGAGCUAAAACCCUGCUACUCUAAGGUGCAUCUUCCUCAUCUCUACACGGGGGUCUGACCCUCCUCUGCUUGGAGGGAACCUAAGACACCUCGGGGUCAGGGGAGAGUCUGUGUGGUCGUUACUGCGCUCUCCCUUAGCUGCCAGAGGACAGGGCUGCCUGUGCCCUUACUUGCACUUUUCUCUUUCUGAGACUGCUCCUUUUCUUUGUUAUACGUGGUAGGAGACAUUUUGUUUGAGACGGCAGUCUCUCAACAAACACAGGGACUCCUGUAGCGUCCUAGGACCCUCCUCCCCCUCUCCUCCUCUGGUACAGAUGAGUUUCUUUAAUUGUUAAGUUCUCUCUGAGAGAGAAAGAGUGAGGCAGAGAUUGAUUGAAGCUCAAGUGUAGUUGUAGGAGCCUGAUGUGGUGCUUUACCUGUGAUAUGACAUACGUUUUUUGUUUUUUGGAUGAAGUUUGGACUGCCGAUCCCCAACAGCACAGCACAUUAUUUGUGGGGAAGUUGACUGUACAAGCUGACCUUGGCUGGCUGGGUCAACAGCCUUGUAGCAAUUGACAACUUAAGCUUCUGAAAAGGACAUUUUGUCUUUAUAUUGGUGUCUCUUUAGACCUCUUGUAACAAACAUGGUUUGUGUCCACAGGGCACUCGGAUUUAUACUUUUCGGUGGAAGAACAAGAUAAUUUAGGUCUAGAAGAAGGGAUUUGCCUUUUUUUUCCAACAGUUUUUCUCCCCUGUACCUUUUUGCCUAUAAAAAGACUGUUGCUAAGGGGAUAAUAUCCUUGUAUUGUCACCGUCUUUGUUUUUUGUCUGAUUUUCUCCUCUUCAUUCCUGAAAUUUUGACUAAACAAAGAAUAUAUUGAUUAAGAACACUAGCUACAAAGACUAUAUAGAGACUAUUUAUUUGAAAGGAUUGUUUAAAAAGUAAAAAAAAAAAAAAAAAAAAGGAAAAAGCUACAUUCCAUAUUACCACUUUCAAUGUUCUGUUCUGAUACCAACUUUGAUUUAUUUUAUUAUUGCAAGAGUCGAUACCUCUCUUGUAUACCUGUGUGUUAAGUGUCUUGGAAAAUAAAGGCAUUCAUUUGUGGUAAACGUUA